CGACUGAAGAAAGAAAGACAUGAACAUCUUGGAUGACAAGGGGGUGAGUACAUUAUAUGUGAAUUAUUUUUGUUUUGGAAGUGGACUUCUCCUUUAAGUCUGUAUGUAAUUACAUUAAGAGACAGAAAAACUGAGACAGACUAAAUUUAUUAGAACUGCUGCAAAAAGUUCAAGAUGUUUCAACAUGUCCAUCUCAUACAAUCAGUCAUAUACAUUUGGACACUGACAACUUUUUUUUUAUACACAGACCCCCCAUCUUCAGGAGCUAAAUUGGACAAAUAAAUAUAAUCAUAAAUAAAAUCUUAAUUUCUAAUAUUUUGUUAAGAAUCCUUUGCAGGCAAUUACUGCCUUAACUCUGGAAUUCAUGGACAUCACCAGAGACUGGGUUUUCUCUUUUUUGUGAUGCUUUGCCAGGCCUUUACAGGUGAGUUUUAAUUAGGGUUGGAGCUGAACUCUGCAGGGCUGCGGCUACCCAGGACCGGAGUUCGCCACCCCUGGUCCAAUUACUUAUGGUCCCUUGAAAAAGGGGGGGAUGUGCAUAUUAAACAGCUGUAAUUCCUUAACCUUUUCUCCAAUUUUGACUACUCUUAAAUUAAAGCUUGAAUAUGUUUUGGUCAACAGCUAAAAUAAUAAAAAUUGUGUCCAAAUACAUAUGGACCUGACUGUAUUUCCUACCAGCACACUAAAGCAAAAUUAUAAAUAACUGUGUUUAAAGAAUUUUUCUAACAUGCCCACGACUUUUGCUCAGUAAUAUAAUCAUUACCUCAAAAGUUUGGGGUCGGUAAGAUUUCAAAAUGUUUUUGAAAGAAUCCUCUCAUGGCUGAAAUAUAUCCUACAAUGAAAGCAUCAGCAAAUCAACUACAGAAUCCAGAUGACACCAUAGCUGGCCAUUGAGGAUACUUAAUUUUAAGAAAAGGGGGGUACUUUGUAUACUUUUUACCAAAGCAGUUUAAUGAUUUAUAAAAAACCAUGUCACUUUAUAUGGUACAAGUCUGUAUACUGAGUAAAUAAUUAGACAUUUUGGAAUAUAGAAGAAAGGACACAAUGUGAUUACAGACUGGUCAGUUGCUAGUAAUCAUGAGACUUAUAAUUGCUGUUCUGGGUCUAUUUGCCGUGUUCGGUCUUGGAGAAUGUGGGAAUAUUUUAGUUUGGCCUACUAGAGGCAGUCACUGGAUCAAUCUGAAGAUUAUUUUGGAAAAGUUGAUUGACAGGGGACACGAUGUCACAGUGCUGGUGCCGAAUCCCUCUUCCUUUAUGGAUACCAAAGAAUCAGAUCGCUUCUCCUACCAGCACUUCAGCGUCUCCAUGAAUGCGCAGGACAUGCACGACUUCCUUAAGGAGCUUGUUCGUUUCUCAGCAUACGAGUCUGAUCAGUUAAACUUCCUGCAGUAUCAAAUUAAAUUCUACGAGCUUGCUUUCAAACAUCAGGAUAUGGCUUUCUCAUACUGCGAUGGCAUUAUCAAAUCUCCAGAGUUGAUGGACAAAUUGCGGAAUGGAACGUUUGACAUUGUUCUGUCAGAUCCGCACUUCCAAUGCAGCGAUAUUGUGGCUGAAGAGCUGAACGUUCCCUUGGUUUACACUUUCCAUGUCACCAACACUUACAUUGUAGAGCAGAAGUGUGGUCAGAUGCCAUCUCCACCAUCAUUUAUUCCUGGAGCCAUGACUAAACUCACAGACAAGAUGAGCUUUAGAGAGCGAAUCAAAAAUAUACUCUUCUACUGUACUCAAGAUGUCUUUUCCAUUGUGAUGUGGAAAAGAAUGGACAAUUAUUACACUGAGUAUUUUGGACGGCCCACUUCCUAUUGUGAGAUGAUGGGUAAAGCUGAUAUCUGGUUAAUCAGAACCUACUGGGAUUUUGAGUUUCCACGACCAUUCCUGCCCAACAUCAAAUAUGUUGGAGGCCUUCACUGCACCCCAGCCAAACCAUUACCCAAGGACAUGGAGGAGUUUGUACAGAGCUCAGGGGAUGAUGGGAUUGUGGUCUUCAGUCUGGGGUCUAUGAUAGAUAAACUACCCAAAGAGACAAGCAAUAUGAUCGCUUCCGCGCUGGCACGGAUUCCACAGAAGGUUUUAUGGCAAUAUGGUGGAGAGAAGCCAGAUACUCUUGGUGAAAACACCAGAAUCUAUAAGUGGAUCCCUCAGAAUGAUUUAUUGGGUCACCCCAAAACCAGAGCAUUCAUCACUCAUGGAGGCAUUAAUGGCAUAUAUGAGGCCAUUUAUCAUGGCAUUCCAAUGGUCGGGAUCCCCUUGUGUGCUGACCAGCCUGAUAAUUUGGUUCAUAUGAAGGCCAGAGGGGCUGCUGUUGUCAUAGACAACAUUAAAACCAUGCAGCCACAAGACCUGUUGGAUGGAGUCAAUGCCAUCAUUAAUGAUCCCUCGUAUAAAGAAAAUGCUAUGCGUUUGUCCAGGAUUCAUCAUGACAGACCAAUAAAGCCUUUGGAUGAGGCUGUGUUCUGGAUUGAGUUUGUCAUGCGCAAUAAAGGCGCUAAACACCUGCGUGUCGAGGCCCACAACCUUACCUGGUACCAGUACCACUGUCUGGAUGUGUUCGCUUUUCUCAUCACUAUCUUAACUGUAGUCAUCUACGUCGUCUUUAAAAUGUGCAAAUUCUUCAUUAUGCAUUGUUGUUUUAGAUCAAAUAGGAAAAGCAAAAAAGAGUAAUGAAGCCUUUGCUUUGAAUAUUCUGUAUGAUGUAUUAAUUAAUUUCAGAUUAUUUACAUAUUGAAUGUUCAGCUUUUAGUAUGAGCAUAAAUGCUGCAAGUAUGACGUCAAAACCCAGAAGACUAAUUUGCCAUGUUUUCCCUUGAGAUUUUCUUAUGAGGUUUUAUAAUGGGAUUUAUAAAUUUAUAUGUGGCAUACAGUGGUGUUCUGAAAUGAGGCAAAGCUGUCACUCCCUAAAUAUGGGAUGUUUUGUCAGAAAUACAGCAUAUUGAAUUAUCAACUAAGAUGUUCUGGUAGAGUUUGGUUCAAUGCAUAUUCAAACGAAUGAAUCCUUAACUUUAAAAUCAGUAUGAUCAACUUUAUGCCUUUUACAUAGAAAGAUUGGAUU